CUUUAAGGAAAUAAGGAAGUUCUCAAGUAGCAUACUUAAAACAGAAUGUCAUUUUGAUCUGUCAAGCUUUUGGGACAAUUGGUCCAAUUAAUACUGCAUGAGCACGGAGCUGUAGAAGCACCCUGGCCUAUUAUCAUCAACAGAAGAAAACACUGAAACGAUGUAUUUUUUUUUUUUUUUAAAGAUUUGUCUGAAAGUUAAACCAACUGUUUUUGGUGUGUUUGUUUCAUCUCCCGGAACUUCUGUAUGGCGAGAGGACUGCUUGGUAAAUUGGGUGUAAAGUUUAAGCUUUCUCUGACAAACGUGAAAAACGUUGCAAGUCCGAGAUGGAUGAUGACGCAGUGGACAUGGCGUCAGACAACAGUCUGCCACUUGGAAUCGGGGCUUCCGCCUUCGGGAGUGAACAUGGAGAUGAAGAGGAGGACGUUAUUCCUCAAAGAACACUUCCAUUUAACCUCGGAUACUCCGAGCCUUUGGGACAACACGUGGAGAGGGCAGAGUCCCCUGCUUCCAGCUAUGCCUCCAUGCACAGUGACCUCUGUGCAGAAACAUGGGAAGACCAGGAAGUGCCUGACACGCUGGUUAAGUUGGUCAGACGGGACUCGUCUGCCUCUAGCAGUAAUUCCUUUAACAGUGAUGAGGACUUUGAGGGCAAUGCUGAAGAAAGCUCACAGAAGAAGAGCAGGACUAAAGAAGCAGCCCUGAAAAAACAAAGUGCUCCUGCUUCUGUAAAACCAGAGCUGCAAGUAGAUCCCAAUGAGAAAAGGCACCCAGCAAUGACUGUGGAUUUUGCUUUUAAGGCCCUCACAAUGUGCCUGCAGAAACUUGCAGUGGAUGAAUUAAAGUUUUUUAAAAAACUGCUGUGGGAAAGAUAUCCUGAAUGCUUUCGUGAUCCCAUGGAGGGACUUGAUCUUGUGGAUCUGGUGGAUAAAAUGCUGGAACUCUGUGAUAUUGAGGUGUCCCUGAAAAUCACGCUUGUACUCCUUGGAGACAUGAACUUAAAAAAGCUGUCUGAAUAUCUGCAAGGUCUAUGCAAAAGAAAUGAAGUGCGAUUUGAGUUGAAAUUGACUCUUAAGAGGAAGUAUGAGAUGGUAUAUGAGGGUUUAAUGCAACAAGGGCAGCCUGUCAACUUUGAGUCUGUCUAUACAGACCUUUACAUUUCUGAUGGCAUUAAUGCUGCAGUGAAUUCUGAGCAUGAGUUUAGAACAAAGAUAGAAGAGCUCCAAGAAACUGGCAAAGUGAAUAGAAAACCAUUGUCCUCAAAGGACGUUCUCGCCCCAGAAAUGGUGAGGUCAAGGCAUGUAAGGUCGGUGUUAUCUAAAGGAAGCCCAGGAAGCGGCAAAUCAUUUGCAGUGCAGCGGUUCAUUCUUGACUGGGUGGAUGGAAAAGUGCACCAAGAUAUUUUCUUUCUCCUGCCUCUUCACUUCAGGGAACUGAACCAGAUGCAAGAUGGAGAGUACACACUCAUGACCCUAGUGAACACCUUCUAUCCAGAGAUGAAGGGUGUGGAGACUCUUGAUUUUGAGGACUGCCCAGUUAUGUUCAUAUGCGAUGGACUAGAUGACAGUCAAAUCCUGUUUGAUUUCCGGAAAACUGUGUAUUGGUGUGAUGUAACUAGGCCUGCAAGCGUGCAAGUGUUGAUCACCAACCUCAUCAGGGGUAACCUGCUCUAUCACAGCUCUAUUUGGGUCAUUUCAAGGCCAGGAGCUCUUGAUGUAGUCCCACUAGAACAUGUCCAACAACUUCUGGAAGUCCGAGGCUUUGACACUGAUCAGAGAGAGGCUUAUUUCAGGAAGACAAUCAGAGACCAACAACUGGCUGAGAGAGUGAUUGCUCACCUCAAGUCAUCAAAGACACUAUACAUCAUGUGCCACUUACCACUGUUCUGCUGGGUGGCAUCUAAAGUUCUGCAGCGACAGUUCCAGUCUCUUCCACCAACAGGAGAGCUGCCCAAAAGUCUUACCAAUCUGUAUACCAGUCUGCUGCAUCUUCACACUCAAAUUUGUGUUCAAAAACUGCAAAACGAUCCAACCAAAGAGACCAAAGGUCUUACUGCUGAGCAGUUGCUCACCAAGCUUGCAAAUCUGGCCUACAGCAUGCUUGAGAAGGACCAGUUUCAGGUGGAAAAAGAACACUGGGAAGAGAUCGAGAUUGACUCUUACCCUGCCGUGGUCUGCUCUGGUCUCUGCUCUGAGUAUUACAGAGAGAAGUAUGUGAUUUAUACAGAGAGGGUAAGCAGCUUUUCCCAUCCGACCAUUCAAGAAUUCUUUGCUGCUCUUCAUGUUUUCAUCUCUUUCAAGAAACUUGGGAAGAACAUCCUUGAGCCUAACAAGUUUUCCAAAAAGGUCUUGAAGGUUUCUUUGGCAGAGCUUCUUAAGAGUGCAGUUGACAAAGGAUUAAACUCCAAAAAUAACAACUUUGACAUUUUUCUGCGGUUUCUUCUGGGUUUGUCAGUGGAGGCCAACCAGGAGCUGCUCAAAAACGUCUUCCAGAUUCCAACUGGAUCAAGCCAGCAGGCACGGGAAGAGACAACUCGCUAUAUUAAAAAAAAAAUUAAAGAAAAUCACUUCCCUGAUAAAACAGAAACCUUGUUGCGAUGCAUUGAUGAACUUAACCCCCAGCUUUAGCAUUGACUUGUUUGUUAAAAUAGGAGGAAAUGCUAACAUUAAAGUCUCAUGAUGAACCUCUGAGAGUGAUGGUGUGAUAUAAAUUUGUUUCAUGCCACAAGAGUGAGGUGUUAGAAAAAUAUCAAUGAAAAUGCAUCCAGGUAUUCAUAGAAUGUCUUGUAGAAUGUAUUUUGUAUUUUGGGGUAUAACCACUGCCUGCAGGAGGUGAAGUCACCAGAAGUAUUUGAACGGCCAUCUUGUCAUAGAGCAUCAAUGACUGACCCGUUUCAAUGUUUCUGAUCUCUGGAUACGACAGUCCCAUUUCGCCCGCUAGUGAUAAUCAUGUUUAAUGUUUAAUUUGCUUGUUAUGGAUAAUAUUCAUUAUGAGGGAGAAUAUAUAUAUAUGCCGGUCAGAUCAUUCAACAGCCCCAGUGUUCAGUCUAUCAGUGCAGCACAACAAUCACCAUAGGAAGCAGGAAAAAUGUCCUCAAGUUGAAAUGAAGUGACUUUAAAAAAGUCAGACCGUGAUUUCUAAAUCGCCUUAAAUGCUUUCAUAUUGAAGUGCUCUCUGUAGUCAUACAUAGAUACAUGUCAUAAAUAUGUGUUUGUUUGCCAUUUAAACCUAGCAUAUCAGUUUAAUCUUAACAACUUUUGCUUUGCAUGUCUCCGAGAGUGUCCGCUAUGCAUUUGAUAGAGAGAGAGUGAACGUGCUCUUUUUCAAGUGACCACGAGAACAAGGCACUUUUUUGAUAAAAACAUAAAACAAGUAACUCUGAACAAACACUUUGAUAUUCACAAUAAAUAAGUCUGAAAAUGUCUGUUUGUAUCUUACAUCAGUUUCUGUGAACUUAUAUAAAUUCAGCUGAACUGUUUGCUGAUGAAGUUUGUUGGAGGUGGAUACUGUUUGUUAUACAUAACUCACUCUGGCUUUCAAGAAGCAGGAAUAAAAUCCCAACUUUAAAUAAAUAAUUACACGUAUAGGACAUUUACGUUGUAGGGAUGUACAUGCAGAUUUCAGAUAUAAAAUUGGUGAUUGAUGUUUAUUCGCCAAAAAAUUUAAUUAGUGAAUUCUUUUUUUUUAACAAUGUGUAAAUUAUUUUAUACAUUUAUUUUUCCUUUUAAAAAAUCCUA